AUGAUUUCGUUCAUGACCUCUUCAUCAUCAUCUCUCUCGGAGAGAAUAAAAAACGACAGGCAAAGCUUGCUCAAUAACCCACUCUCCCUCAUGACUCUUCUUCAUGAUGAAUUCAAAACUAUUUCUGAUAAAGGAAAACAAAUUGAAAAAUUAUUCCAUCAAAAAUUGCUUGAUCCAAAGACCAGCGUUUUCGGAGAUGUUUCUCACAUGAUUCAGUCUGCGAACACGCACGAUACGAACAGCAACACUGAUGAAUCAUCUUCCAAGAUCAUUAAUCCAAACGAAAUUGAUAUUGCUGCUAAUGACAAUGAUCAAAAUUCGAGCAGUUCAACAGGCUCUAAAUCCCCUCUCACUAUGAUCCAACAUUUCGUGGAAGCAUGUAGUGGAAAAGCUUCGGCAGAAUUUUUUUCUUCAGAAAACAUUUCCUCUAUUAAGGACAUGACUCAAAAACUAUUAAAUAGCUUGGAUCAAUUGAAAGAUCACUUGAAAGAUGGUGAUUCAAUGAUUCCUAGUGGGUGCCUAUUCAGUUUGGUAGCCUGUUGUGUCGCUGCACUAUUGAGGGAAGUCGAAAAUAAUGCGAAAAAAGAAUGGAAUGCCUUCUACCAAGACGCCAAACAAACCAUUCAUGAAUUUUAUACUCAGUUAACGGGUUCAGUCCUAGAAGCCUUUUCAAAAUUGAAAGAUCUAACUGUUUCAACUUUUAAAGAAAUUCAACAAACCAUUUUAAAAACCAUGGAAUGUGCCAAAGGGUUCACAAAAGAAGUGGUUCACGAGACGGAGCAAAUUUCAGAGAGACACUUGUUGGGUUUACUCAACAUGGGAAACAUUUUGAAAGGUUUGAAAGAGAAGAAUUUUUUGACCUCACAAUUCGAACAACUUCAUGAGGAAUUUAAACAAGUAUUGAAACACUUUUCAACUUCAUUUAUUACUGGAAUGAUACAAAACAUGUUAGAACCUGUUGUGAAAUUUGCACAAAGCGUUGGUGAAAUUGUGAAAGAGUUAUUGAGCAGUUCAUUGAGUGCCAUGAUUCAACUCUUCGAGAAAUUUAUUGAAUUGGUCAAGUCCACACCUGACCGAGUGAAGAAUAUUUUUGAUUUUUCGCAUCAACAUUGUGUGGCUGCUUUGUGCUUGAGCAAACCUCAGGAAAUGAUUGAUGCAGCUGUUGACACUGCCGGAAAAUUGCUCUCAUCCGUACCUCUGGAAAGCAUUGUGAAUGCAUUAAAAACGUUGAAAGAGUCCGUAGAAAAGCAAUUUUCAACAGGAAAUGUUGUGAGUGAAUGGGCUGAUCAAUUGAAGGAGGUGGCAAGUGAAAUUUCCAAUGCCAUACAUGAACAAGACUCUCUCCUCUCGAAAUUGGAUGCAAAUUUAGAUGACAUUAAGCAGAUUGUUUCCGAGAUUGAGGAGAAGGGAAUGAAUACAGUAUUGGACAAGGCCGAACAUGUCAUAGAUAAGGUAACGGAUGCUCUUCAUGUACCUUCCCCAGUUCCUUUAAUCAAAAAGUUCUUUUAA